AUGGAAUGUUGAGCAAUUGUGCCAAUAAAACUGAAAUGAGGUAGGAGAAUCUUGAUAUUAAUAGUAUAUGGUAAAUCUUCUCCUCCAAGUCCUUUAAAUAAUUCUUUAAUUUUUGAUUUUUCGAUUGAAAAUAUUUUAAAUUCCUUGCUUUCAAUCAGCCAUUUCUCUUUUACACAAAUUAAAUUAAUCCCCCAACUUCUUUUCAAUUGAUUUGAAAAUAAAAUUGCUUAA